AUGGCAGUGGCAUUUGGUGUCGCAAAAGUGGUUCUGUGCCUCUGGCUGGGAGCCUUGGGUGCUGAUUCCGAUGAUUACGAAGGACGUGGCUGGCCGAAAUGGGCGUCCUUCUCAAAGAAUAAGACAAACAAGACUGGGUCAGGACGUGGAUGGCCGAAAUGGGCGUCCUUCUCAAAGAAUAAGACAAACAAGACUGGGUCAGGACCUGGAUGGUUCUCGAAGAACAGGACUUGGCCAAAAUGGUUCUCAAAGAACAAGACUGAAGUGCCGACAUACCCGUGUGGCUGCAGAAACUGGAAAGGUGUCCUUGCACCAAAGGUGGACUUGGAGGAGUUCAGCAUCAAUGCAGAUGAGAAGUGUGAGAGACCCAUGCAACAUGCCUCGAUGACCCCAGGGAAGUUCUGCAGCUGCGACAAGGGGAGAGCCGCCAACUGGGACCAAGCCGUCAGCGAGGCACAGAAAGCAGUUGAUGACGCAGUGUCUCCAAUUGUCGAAGAGAUGAUGAACGCCAUCACGGCACUCCAGGAAGAGCUUGGAAUGAUUGUCGACAGCUCCUCCAUGAAGAAGCUGAAACCGAAGGUCACAAGUUUCCCACGGAAACAGGGUGAAGGCCUUUGGGUUUGCUGCUGCCAGAGUGGAGAAGCUGGCAAGUGCAGGAAGGAUGCGGAACAGACUGGAUGGAAGGCAGCGCAUCAUGAAGCACCUGCUGACGCCUGUGAGAACGAAGCUACUGAAGGUACCGAAGAUACGGAAGCCGAAGAUGAGGUGCCACUGAUGCCACCUGAGGUAGCCGUCGUCUCGGACAGCACCUCACAGGGACCCGAACGUACUUUGCCGGUGGGAACGCGUUGGCAAGUCUAUUGCGACCUGGACGGAGUCUUAGCAGACUUUGACCGCGGUGUUGUGGAACGCACUGGCAACCAGCCCAAAGAGUUUUCACGACGCGCAAAGAUGUGGCGCCGUUUGGCCCCGCCACGGACCAAAGAGUUUUUUGCCAAGUUGGAUUGGAUGCAAGGGGGCGCAGAACUCUGGAAAUAUUUGGAGCCUCUCUGUCCUGCUGUUCUCACAGGCUCUCCAUCUGGUGACUGGGCCCGGCCACAGAAAGUUCAAUGGUGCGAGAAGAAUUUAAGGCUCUCCGCCGACAGAGUCCUCGUUGUGAAUGCGAGCGACAAGGCCCUGUUCAGCCAUCCUGGUGCAAUCCUCGUGGACGACCGGGCUGAAUAUCGUGAUGACUGGGAGGCCCGUGGCGGCAUCUUUGUGCACUUUAAAGAGGCCACGGACUCCAUUGCCAUGGUGAAGGAAGCUCUGCAGAAGCUCUGCUACUGUGGCGCGUUGCCACCGGGACCUGGUGCCCUCCCCGACUUCUCUAUUUUAUCUCGAUGA